AACAUAACAUUUUUUUGCAUCAAGACUACCGCUUGAAUUUGUAUUUUAUCAUUCUGUAAAAUAACACUGCUUGAAAAGCACUAUGCUCUUGACCGUAAAUUACUCCAUGUGCAUCCACCUUAUGUUCUGGUACUCUGGGUACAGACAUAAAUAGGUACCGUCGAAAUCAGCUGGCAAAUUCAACCUUUACAUUAUGACAAAGCUGAUAAAACAUUUACCCCGUAGGUUGGACGCCAACAGUGUGGACAGCAUGGCGAAGACCAAAGUGGGGCUUCUGUGUUGCCUGACUGGGCGGACAGGGAAGGAAGGAGAGGAGGAUAUGGUCAUAGAAAAGGCUCUAAGAGAAUCCCAAAUCCCCACGUUCAUUCUGAUUGACGACCUUGACGACACGGAAAGGCUGCCUCAAUUUUCACUAAAGUCUCAGCCUCAGUGUCACAUCGUCAUCACCACACACAACCGGAAGUUACUUAAGGGGAGCAUCGCUGGACAUGAAGUCAUCCUUGUGAAUGGGUUCAACAGAGAGGAGGCCUUCAAUUUCUUCGACCAAGAGUCUCAGGGUUUUGACAGGGAAGAUGUGUUGGCUUUGAUUGACAAGUUUGACGGGCUGCCCUUGGGUCUGGCUGCAUCCCGAGCCUACAUGGCGAGGUGCCGAAUAAGCCCGAGGGUCUACCUACAGUUACUGAAUGAGAAAGCCGCGGUCAGCAGGAUUGAAGAAGAAGAGAGCAGGUGGCUCGGGAAAUAUUACGAAAAGCCGGGCACGAAGGAUGGAGCCAUCAAACUUCUCAACCUGUUCGCCGCGAUCCGGAUGGCGGUGGACAAACUGAGUCCAAAAGUUGUUUCCAUGUUGAAGCUCGCUGCUUUCAUGGACAAUACCAACAUCCCAUUGUUGGUACUGACGGGAGACGCCGCCACCGUCACAGCGCCCAUGCGUCUGGAGAACGUAGAUGCUCUGGAAAGCGAGGCGGAAGGUCUGUCUCUAGCAUCAGUAGAAGGAACUGGAGAAAACCGAAUGCUUUCUCUGCAUCGGGUGACACAAACUUCAAUGCAGCUGGCCAUGACCGAAGAGGAAGAAAAGGAACAUCUUCAUUGGGUACUGAACAUCCUCCUCAAAUUCUUCGUCAAGGACAACCGGUAUUCCUGUUCAGGACAGUUAAGCUACAGCCUCAUGCUUCACGUAGAGACGGCCCUGUCCCACGCCAGCCGGAUCAGCAGAGAUGACCACCACCUGACCAAGGCUAGACUGUACGAGGUGCUGGGUUUCCUGUACACACAGCGAGGCAUGGCGGCAAAAGCUGAAGGGCCACUAAGGAUGGCAAAGAGACUUCUGGAAGACCUAGCGGAGGUGACGUUAAAGGAAUCCGGGGAAGCAGUGCGGGGUCAAACGCCUGGAGACACUGCCGGGGUCGAGGUAGACCAGCAGGCCCGGCUGUUGUUUGAAAAGCUGACGCUCGCAGGUCAACGCCUUCCUGACAACGUGUACUCUGAGAUUCUGCUGAAUAAAGUCUUAGUGGAUCAAGAUAUUGAGAUGUUCCAUCGCAAGACGGGGGCUGGGCUCGAUAAGAGCUUGGGAGACAAGCAGCCUCUGUCCCCCGUCCAGCUGGACCUGUUGGUGCGGCACGGGCUGAUCCUACCCUUGGAGCGACUGAAGGAAGUCUACCUGCCUGAACUACACGUCUCCAUUAGUUAUUCUUUGGGUCGUUGUUAUUUCUACACAAAAGAAAAAUACAAUACUAAUGAAGAAGGGAAACGAGACUUAGUGAGGUGUAUGGAAUUGGCGUACAAUCUAGCCAAAGAGAUCCAUAGGAGGACCGGCAUUGCUGUAAUACACCAGUACCUGACAGAACGUAAUGCCCUGUUGUAUUUACGCCUGGAGGAGCAAGACAAGGACACAAAACACCUGAAGAGAGAUACCCUGUAUGCCAAGGAGAGAUACGGUGUUCUUCUUCAAGACCAAGAAGAUUACUUCGAAUUUGGAAUGCUCAAGAAGUCGGGAAGAGAGCUAUACAGCAUGACAGUAUGCCAUCGUCAGUUGGUCCGAUGUUAUGACCAGCUUAUCAAGCUUGCCGACACAGAGGACGAGAAGGCUGCCUACUUCGAACAGGCACAACAACACUGCAGAGAGAUGAUCCAGUAUGCCGAGAGUGAGAUCCGAAAAGACAAACAUGGGAAGGUGACAGACCAACUGGAGCGACUGGCCAACUUCUACAACACUGCAGGUCAUUUCCUUGCUGAUGACCACAGCCCAGCACAUCUGGAUGAGGCCUUGGAGUGGUACAGAAAAGCCUACCAGCUUGAGAAGGGCAAGGGAAGGGUGGACUAUCCUCUGGCAGAUGCCCUCUUUGGUCUCAUCGAAGGAUUGAUCCAACGCGGUCAAGAAGGGGACUUUUCAGAAGCUCAGGUUUUUGCUUCCGAGCUUUUGGUAGCAUACGAGGCCAACUGGCCAGAGAAAACAAGAGACAUUAAAAAGGCAAAAGCGCUUCUCAAAAAAGUACUAGAGCUGAUCGAGGAAAACACAUUAAAGCUGACAUCGUACAGUUAAACAGCAAUGUGCUGUAAGUUAUGUAUGUUUAAAGCUGAGAAAUGGACUAACUGAGUGUCAAGUGAUCCACAUAUUGAUAUACUAUCUAUAACACACAAAUAGGAUACACAAUUUUGUAGCUCAAAAACGUUUCUAAGCCUGUAUGUUGUAAUUGUAUAGUCAUCAUGGUGCUGUACAAAUAACAAUGUGCAUAGGAAUUGAAAGAUGCAUGUUUUACUAUACAUCUACUAAAAUAACCAUGAAACUUAAAGCUAUAACUUAACAUCAAUAUUACCAACUAUAAAUAUUGUUAGAUAUUGCACAUAUUGGAUUUGUUUGCCUUACCUAGUUAAUCACAAAUCACAGUUACCGAACUGUUUAAGCAACUUACACAAUCAUACAAUUUUUUUUGCAAUGUGACUGCAUACACUAUGAUACAUCCAGAGGGUUUUCUUCAUUCUAUAAAAUGGUCCAUGAGGAUGAGACAAACAGAGGAGUAUAUCACAUUGAAACAAGACCUCUAGAGGAAUUUCCAUGCAGAUAAAGAAUUGUAGUAUACUCAAAAUCCAUAGAAACAAGUAAUCUACAGAAAAAAUAACUUAAUAUUAAGUAUCUGAGAACUUUGCUAAGUAUCCCUUUUAAACUGUUGGUGUAGGAACAAUGUUGAGGUACAUUCAUAUUUUGACAUCUGUCUGUUGAUGUAAUGAGAUUAAUUGAUUGGCAACAAUAUGUGAUUGGCACACAAAAAUCUGCAAAGCACAAGCUGCUCUGAAUAUUUUCUUCUCACAACUCAGGCAGAACCAAAAGUCACUGCUUGUCAACAUCAUUCUAUAUUUCUUCCAUUAAUUGCUGCUAAUAAAAUGUUCCUAUCUGUUAUCAUAGGCAACCAACAUAAUCUGUUUCAUAUGAUGUAAGAAGAAACUUAAAUUCUUCCAAAGUAGUCUCCAUGGACAGCCAAGACCUCCAGAUUGUCUUCAUGCCCACAGCUGCAGGACAAAUAUUACACAUUAAGGGAACUUAUGAAAAUAGUAAGAAAUUAAAGAAAAGAUGUAAUAUGGGAUAGAUAACACUGUUUCAAUGAUUGCAUCUACCUUUAACAAACUAUUAGAUUUAAAAAUGGGGUUCAGGAAUAAAUUUCACAUUCAAGGAGCAUUACGCAGCGACAUCAUUCUAAACACCUCCAUCAUUAAAAAAAGACGUUAUCACAAA